AUGGCGUCUGAGUCACGUCUCUACACUUUUAGCCCUGAGAGUAAGAUACAUCUUCGCAACUUUCGCCUCCAAACCUCGCGUUCAAAGGUCCCUCAAGCUGCGAUUUACAUGAUAGAUAGAAAGACACUUGAGAUCAAGCAAGAAGAAGAUGGCGUAACUUACCAAGAUCUCGACACUCUGGGCGAUGAUCUACCAGAUCAUUCGCCAAGAUUUGUGUUACUGAGUUACCCAUUAACUCUGUCUACUGGGCGAGUCUCAGUUCCAUAUGUACUUCUUUACUAUCUCCCGGAGACCUGCAACUCUGAAUUAAGGAUGCUUUAUGCCGGCGCAAAGGAAUUAAUGCGAAAUACCGCGGAGGUGUCAAAAGUGAUCGAAAUUGAUUCGAUUGGUGACCUUAGCGAGCUACCCAAGUCUUUAACUUGUACUGCCCAGGUGUGA